UUUGGACUGUGGGAGGAAACCAGAGUACCUAGAGAGAACCCACACAGACAUAGGGAGAAUAUGCAAACUCCACACAAAAAGACCCUGGAUUAAAACCCAGGACUUUCUUGUUGUGAGGCAACAGUCCUAACCACCACACCACUGUGCUGGUUCCACAAAGAAGUGGCCUAAAGGCUGAAGUCUGCCUCCAUUCUGCAGUUAAAUAUCCUAAGAACCACGAGUAAGCCAGCAGUCUGAGAGCAAAGGGCUCUGUUGGGGUAAUAUGGUACUAUGAGGUCUUUAAGAUUAGGUCUGAUCAUUCAAGACCUUAUAUGUGAGGUAAAGGAGUUUAAAUUUAAUUCUGCAUUUAUAACGGAGUAAAUGAUAAGAAGCCAUUGUGUCAUCUGGCUUCAUGGAUAGAUUAAGCUGAGUAUCAUCUGCAUAGCACUAAAAUUUCAUGCGAUUCCUUCUAAUGAUAGUUCUUAGGGGAAACAUGUUUAAUGUAUAUAGAAUUGUUCCUAGCACUAAACCCUGUGGAACUCCACAAUUAACCUUGGAUCUAACAAAUGGAGUCUAUUAAAUAGAUAUGAUUCAAACCACUGCAGCGCAGUCCACUGUUAGAUUAUUUACCUGCAUAUGAUCAGUUAGCUAUUUUAAAACUAGACUUUCACAAUAUUUGAAAUAAAAGGAAGAUUGAAGACUGGCCUGUAAUUAGCUAAAACAGCUUGGUUGACGGCUUUUUCUCCCCCUGAUGGGACAGAGUAUGUAAUCCAUUCUGCUUGUUUGUGUAUUUGUUAGCAGUCUGGCAUCAACAGGUUUCAAGAUAUAUCAUGUUCACAUUUUAUGUGAUGGUAGAUACCAAUAACAGCUUGGGAUGAUGGGCCAAGGUCGAAGUUAUAAGGAAGGAGAUUCAGAAGGAGUCGUGCUCUCUGAGUGCUCUUGUUAAGUAAUAGUUUCAUUACUAGAUGUACAAUUGUUCUUAAGAGGCAAGCUAACCAAAAAGAGUGAAGUGAGUCUAUGGGUACUGAUACACUUUUAGAGACAGCCCCAGGUGUUUGAUUGAUUUUUUUCCCCCCCAAGUUUUAUUCAUCUGUGACUGAUUUCCCAGUCAGUCCUAUGUUCAGUUCUUGUAGUUUAUUUUGUCAGUCCCAGUGUCUUUGUUGGACUCCCUGUUUGAGCUAUUGUUUCCUGCGCACAUUUUAUUGCGGUAUCUUGGUUUCACCUUUUUUAUUAAAUAAACCAUUUUUUCAUUCAGUUUCUCUGUAUGCAUUUGGGUCCUCUUUUGGAUUCUUGACAGAAGUACUCCAUCUGACAUGUAACAAAAAGUAGCUUUUUGAAAUGGUGCAACUCAACCCACAAGGUCAAAUGAAGUGUAUCAAAUGAAGUUCAUAUUGUGCAAUUACAGAGGGGCAAUGGUGCAAAUAUGAAACUGCCUAUUUUGGAAGAUUGUAAAAACAAUCAGAUAUAUAACCCUCGCAGUUGAGAGUGAGUAAUUUAAUUUGUUUUUUUCAGCCAGACUGGGGGGAGGGGGGUCAACUUCUGAGAAAAAAAUGCAAUCACACUAUUUUUAUUCUUGUGCGUGUUGUUGGCUGUUGAAGUACUGUAUAUAUAAACCUGGCAUUGCAACAACACUUUUAUAUGUAUUUGUGCAGCUUCCCUAUAAUUUCUCAUGAGCAACAAAGUUUAGAUUGGCCAUGACCAAUACAGAGGCUGUGAGCCACAGGCAUUCACUACAAACACACACCCAACAGGGGAAGGAACAAUGACUGGUUGGGGUUAAAUAUAGACACCCCCCAAACCCAGAAUAGACUAGAAAAGAAUAGAGGAGAAAUAGAAUUGUCACACUCCUGCUUUUAAGGAAAAAGGUAAGUUCCUGUGUAAAGUCCGGGCUCAGGGGGUGGCUGUUGUAGACAAGAUUGCUGUGGCUUGCAAACAAUGAUCUGUCCCAAACUCUGGCUUUGAAGAAUGCCUUUUUGUGUGUAUGUGUGUGUGCGUGUUUGUGCAUAGUGGUCAUACAGAUGAAAGCUGAUGGAGGGAAAAUGGGAAAGACAUAAACCAUUUCCUCCCUCAGUAAGUCCCCAACAAAUCCCAACACCACCCUUUAAAGAAACACCUCCCAGCAAAGUAUGCACAAAAUAUUUUCUUAGCUUCCACACAAAAAUGUUGAUGCCCGACUCUCGGGUAAGUUCCACAAAUGUCUAAGCAGCUCUGGCUGACAGAGAGGAUUUUAUUGAAUUCAUCAACGCAAUAAAUGCAAACACGUGCUCUUUCGAGUCUUCGGGAUCUCUGUGUCUCGCUCUUUAGCUCCUUCAACAGCUGCACCUUAUCAGGCCUUGGCUUAGCACUGUCUUACACAAUCCAUCGUCUUGCCACACAGCCCCCUUUUUCUAGCCUCCUCCUCCCUUCAUUUCCUCUUGCCUGGGCUCCCCCGUUUGUCUCGUUUGCCUCCGAGUAUGAUCAAGCCUCUAAAAUUCUGUCCUUCUGCAGGUCAAACGAACGCGUGCAGCACCUUGCAUUAAAAGCUUGCCGAUUUGUUUGAGUGUUUGCCAGAAAUGUUGGAAUUCACCUCUUCUGUUUCAUCCCCCUCUUUUCUCCUCUCCAUCUUUUCCCCCAACAUGACCCUCCCCCCCACUUUGCCCGACCCCUCAUUCCAAUCCCAAGCACCAGUUUCCUGUCUCUCAUGAUCCCUCGACAUUUUGUUAGUCUACCUUUUUUCACCUCACUGCUUUGUUCUUCACUUCUUAUUCCAUCUCCUCCUCUUUCCCUCCUCACCUCCCUCCAAAGAGAGGGAGCUGAAAAUCUAUCAAAUAUUUAAACUUUGCAAGAACCCCCACUAAAAAAAAAUCAGUCCUCACUUUCUAUUAUGAAAUUCUUGGAAUAUGAGCUAAUAGAAUUGGCCGCACUACUGCACGUGCUGUUUAGUUGGUGAUUGUGUAGGUAGGUGGGUGACUGGAGGGGUUGUAGCACAUGUCAUGACUCACAGUUGGAUUCUGCACUGAUUGGUAGGGAUAUACUGCACAGCCUUAAUACCUGAAUGUCAUUCUAACAUAUAUGGAAGCGACUACAGGACUGAGGCAGCGGGCAGACAUGAUGCUGUUUGGAUUUGCAGUCUCAGGCAGGAGAAUAUUAUGGAUUACAGUUUAGGGCAGAGGAAUCCACAUAUAAGAAUAUAUGGGCAUGUAUGGUGUGUAAUCCAGAAAGUUGGUUGUUUUCCUGUUUUAAAUAGAUUUAGAACCACACAAAACCAGACUUCGGUCUCCUUUUGAGGUUUAAUACAAAAAACAAGCCAAAAACAACAAAAAGAAAACACACAAAGAGAAAGAAAGCUUGAAUAAGAAGCUCAAAUACUGAAAAAAAAAACACACCCUGCGUUUUCUCAGCUGCAAACACGUUAUGUUCAUAAAAUACCUGGAAAAGAAGCUGGCUCAUCUGCUGUAUUUCUUUUGUUUGGCCACUAGGUGCCGCUACUAACACACGAGUUACUGUUUAGCAGCUGAGUCGACACUGGUGCGCAGGGAGGUUUAGUGUGGGGCACAGGGGUGCUGACCACAGACACAUUUCAAGUCAAGAAAGAAACUUUUAAACAGUAGACUGGGUUGGAUUUGUUUUUAGAAAGAAAAAAAGAUUGAUAAGAUCGUUUUUGCACAAUGCAUAUCCGCGAGUUUACAUUGCAAAGAAAGGUCAAACUGGCGAAAUGCUGAUCUGUGUAUUUAUUGCUAAAAUAACCCUCAGGAUAUGAAAAGGUUGACAGCACAACCACAACUUUAGGUCCAAGUAAAGUGCAGGAAAUUUGACAGUUAUUAAGCUGGAAGAGCUAAAAAUACAAAGAGCCAAGGCUUGCAAAAAUACUGCUGCAACACUCGCGUAUGUGUCAGAAAUACUCGAUUAGAUUUAAACCCUUUCAACUGCACACAUUUGCAACCGUACCGAUGUAAACUGUGUGUAGAUGAUAUUCAUUUUUGUCUCCAUUCAUGUUCUGCUUGUUUACAUGCUUGUUAUUAAUCAAACGUAUCAAUGCCUUAAUAAUCAGUAAAUAUGCACUAUUUGAUCAAAUAAACAGCUUGAAUUGUAAUUUGCGGUCUGGAUUAAACACCUCGAUCACACCAGAGCUUCUAAUGGAAAUAUUAAUAUGCUUAAUUCAGCCAAUCGGGAAUUAGGAUCUUUACGCUCCCCUCCAGAAACCGACCAAUCAGCGGGGGUUACAAAUUCCAGUAAUAGUACUCCACACACGCUUUUCCCCGCUUUGCAGCUCCACCCCGCAGUUCCAGCUCUGGAGAGGGUGGACCGGAGUAAAGAAAACAAGUUAUCUCAUAGUCCCAGGACAUGUUAUUGAUGGCCUUCCUGAGAAUGAGGGGCAGCCUUUAAGCCUGCGGAUAUGAUUAGCGGGAAAAUGAGCAAGGCAGGCAAAGGAGAGCCCCACGUCUUCAAGGAGAAGACUUUCAAGAAGAAGCGGCAGUGCAGCGUGUGUCGGCAGAGCGUCGAUAACGUGGGCUCCUUCUGCAGAGUAUGCAAAACAGCCACCCACAGGAAGUGCGAGGCAAAGGUGACCUCUGCAUGCACCCCAGCUCCCUCCAAUGAUCUGCAGCGUAGAGGGACGGCUCCUUCUCGACACAUCCAACACCUGGGAUCCACCAAAUCUUUAACCUACACCAAACAGAGAAACACCCUGCCAAGGAGUUUCAGUGUGGACCGUGUGAUGGAGCGAGUGAUGGAACGAAACUACGACUUUGACCUGACCUACAUCACCGAGAGGAUCAUCUCCGUCUUCUUCCCUCCGAAGCUGGAAGAGCAGAGAUACCGGCUGAACCUGAAGGAGGUGGCUGCCAUGCUCAAGUCCAAACACCAGGAAAAGUUUCUGCUCCUGAAUCUUUCUGAAAGGCGCCACGAUAUCACCCGACUGAACCCAAAGGUCCACGACUUUGGCUGGCCCGACCUCCACGCCCCACCGCUGGAUAAGAUCUGUGCCAUAUGCAAGGCCAUGGAGAACUGGUUGAACUCUGACCCCCAGCACGUGGUGGUCUUACACUGCAAGGGUAACAAAGGUAAAACUGGCGUCAUUAUCGCAGCCUACAUGCACUACAGCAAGAUCUCUGCAGGGGCGGACCAGGCUCUCAGUACUCUUGCCAUGAGGAAGUUCUGUGAAGAUAAGGUGUCCUCGUCUCUCCAGCCGUCCCAAAACAGGUAUAUAUAUUACUUUGGAGGCCUUCUGUCUGGGGCGAUCAAGAUGAACAGCAGCCCUCUCUUCCUUCAUCAAGUACUCAUCCCGUCGCUCCCCAACUUCCAGGGGGAAGGAGGUUACUACCCUUUCUUGAAAAUCUACCAGUCCAUGCAGUUGGUCUACACUUCAGGCAUAUAUGACCUUCAAGGCACUGGAGGCAGAAGACUGUGUGUGACCAUUGAACCAGCACUGCUGCUAAAGGGUGACAUCAUGGUCAAGUGCUACCACAGGCGAGCUCAAAGUGCUGACAGAGACACCGUGUUCAGGCUGCAGUUCCACACCUGCACCAUCCACGGAUCCCAGCUGUGGUUUGGCAAAGGGGAGCUGGACGAAGCGUGUACUGAUGAGCGUUUCCCAUCUGAUGCCACAGUGGAGUUUGUCUUCUCCUCCGGACCAGAGCGGAUCAAAGGCCGUGAAUACCACAAGAAUGAUCCGGCUGUCACAGUGGACUACAACACCGCUGACCCCGUGGUUCGCUGGGAUUCCUAUGAAAAUUUUAACCAGCGAUACCAGGAUAGCCUGGAAGAUAUUGCCCACACCAGAGGUCCUCUGGAUGGUAGCCUCUACGCUCAGAUAAAGAAGCGGCGAGGUCCAGGCUCUGGUUCUCUCACCUCAGCCAACGGCAGCAUCGCAGGGGGAGUAGCUGCAGAAGACAGGCCCGAUCACCGCAUCACCCAAGGCUCUGACUCCGGCCUUUCAGCACAUUCCCUCCAUUUGAACCAGUCUUCUAUCCAUCCAGACCAUCAGGAGGAGUCCAAUCGUCCGCCGCCGCCCACCAGACAGGAAAGGGAGGAGCUCGAACGUCUUCUCGGCGGCAUCGAGGGAAGCCGAGAUGGAGAGCGAGAGACCGCCAUUUUGGAUGAUGGAGAUUCUAUUCAGUCUGAGAGAACGGGCACGCUGAGGCUCAGUCGGUCUUGUUCCUGCCGGGAUGGUUACCGGUCGCAGCGCUGUGCAGAGCCAGGAUGCGACCGCACCCUUCUCAUGCCUAAUGGCUACUGCCUCGAUCGGGCUCCAGGGACCAACGGCCAUCACGGGGCUCCUCCUUCAGCUAGCCCCAACCCCGCUGCUCCACCAUCACACAUGGAUCUGUGCCAACACUAUAGCCCCCACUCCCACCAGUCCCUCCCACCUCCAGAUCUGGUGUGGGACCGUCAGAGUGGCUCGCCACACUACCUGCACCGCUCCUGCUCAGAGGCUCCGUCAUCGCGUCAUACCUGUCCUUACCCAUCAGCAGACCUUGCCCCUCAUGCUCACAACCACCCCCAUCACCACCCUAUGUCUGUCCCAGGUCGCCUUUGCUAUCGGGAAGAUGAGUACACACCCUAUCACCACCCUCCUCCACCUCACAGCCACCACCAUCCCCACCAGCACCAGAAACCAGCCACCAGCCCUACUUACCAUGAUAUCAUGCUAAUGGAUGGUCUUCCGCCCUCUGGCUGUCCCUGCAGAGACUGCAGCAUGAGGAGAGAGGACUCGGUGGCCUAUCACACCCUCAGGAUGGAGCGUGGCGACAACUUCCAUUGGGACAGAGAGGCGGAGCUUCAUCAGAGGGAGGUGGGGCUUAGGAGAACGAGGGAGGAGUUACCCAGGGGGUCAGAGCUCCACUGGGAGAGGGACCCAGGGCUGAGACGAGGCAGAGAACUGUCCCUUCACUGGGAGCGAGACAGGGAGGCGGAGCUGCAGUGGGAGAGGGACAGACAGGCUGAAUAUUGGCACAGGAGAGCCACCGUAGCCUCCUAUGGCCCACAGGGCCAAGAUCUUCUAGCCUUUACCUUUGACCCCUUGCCAUCAGGUCACCCAGCUUAUCCAGAGGCAUCGAGGUCCCACGCUCAUUCCCACCUGGACAUGAAGUACAGCAGCAGCAGCAGCGGUUACCAGACACCACGUCAGGUGUGCCCCUGCUCACCUUACCAACCCUCGCCAUCUGAGAGCAGGGGCUACGCUUCAGGCUACCAGUCCGAGUCCACAUCCCCGCUGCCUCCUGCUUCCGCUGUGAUGGGCCACUGCGGCCAUAGCAGCGGACCAGCAGAGCAUAACCACAACCACCAUCAUCACCAUCCAGACUCACAGCAGUCAUACAGCUCUGACUCACACACUGAUGGCCUCCGUAGUUCUGGUGAAAGCGUGGGCUGGAGGGAUCACAUUACCCAUGGUUCUUUUAAGAGGGUGCACAGAAACGGCCAUGUCGCGUGUUCCACACCAUCCGACAUGUCUGGAUCGCCCACUCCCGUUCACACCAGCAGCCCUCUACACACACAGGAAAGCCCCAGUCCAGGAAGGAGAGAGUAUGAUAUUCGAACCACAGACAUCAUCAGUGACUACGAGGCUCCCCAGACUCACGAGGCCCACUGUCACACUAACGUCAUCCAGGAAUCACCAGACAGGCAAAGAAGCAGCACAGAGCGCCUGGAGCCACACACCAAAGAAGCACAGUCACACACAGCCUCACCGAAACAAACAGAAUCCACCAAUCAGUGCCCUGCACCAACAAACAUGUCGCCAGCUGCUCCUCAACAGCAGCACUGUAGCUCAGAUAUGUCCUCAGCUCGUGAUUCUGUGACACCAACCACCACAAACCAAGCACACUGCCAGACACCUUCUUCCCCUGUCCAUACCUCGCCUAUAUCAGAUGCACACCCUCAUCCCGCUGGCCCACUGCAGACCUUUUCUCCUGCAGGAGCUGGUGGUCCACCAUCUGAAAUGUCACAGCCUCAGAGCCACACCCAAGCUACCAGCUCUGUGGGACCAUCUGUAGCACUGGUUAAUGGAUCCUCUCCGACCAGGGAGUCUCACGCAGAGGUUCCUAAACACACCAGCACCACCAACCCAACAUCUUCUCCUGCACCAUCAUCCCCACAGCCUGGGCCCAGCAGCAUGGACGGCUCCCCUGUGUCUGAUGCACCAGUUCCCGGAUUCGCCACCUUGGGUAGAAGGUUGAUGCUGAGUGGGUCCGACCCCCACAACCACCUAAACCACACGCACGGGCCCCCACAUCACAACUACCAAGCCAGCACGGAGCAGAGUGCAGCUGUGGACACCAGCAAGAGGCCCUGCUACUCUCCUCACACCCCACAAUCCUAUUCGAGCUACACCACAAUCUCCAUCCCUCUUCCUCACCCUCAACCCCCCUUGCCAGAGAAGCGGCAUUUGCCCGGACAUUCGGGUUCACCUAGCAAUGGGGUAAAGCCAGCUGUGGGUCACGUGCCUGCCUCCACUGCUCCUCAGCAUCAGCACCACGUCACGUUUUCUCCCACGGUGGGGGAAAUUGCACCCCCUGCUGACCAAAAUGACCAAGUAGAGGCAGAAACUGCAAACAGGGUCAGUGUGAAGUUUGUCCAGGAUAGUUCCAAGUUUUGGUAUAAGCCCAGCAUCUCUAGAGAGCAAGCAAUCGCAGCACUGAAGGAGAGGGAGCCCGGCACUUUCCUAAUCAGGGAUAGUAACUCGUUCCAGGGAGCCUAUGGGCUGGCUCUGAAGGUGGUUACACCUCCUCCCAAUGUCAGCAACCACAGCAACAAAGUGAGCGACCCUCUGGAGCAGCUGGUGAGACAUUUUCUGAUUGAAACUAGUCCUCGAGGAGUGAAGAUUAAAGGCUGUCAGAACGAGCCCUACUUUGGGAGUCUGUCUGCACUCGUUUACCAGCACUCCAUCACACCCAUCUCUUUGCCCUGUGCUCUUAAAAUCCUUGAGAAGGAUCUCAUAGGAGAGGUGCAGGAGGUUCAACCAGUCAGUAACAUCAGCACAGCUGCUGACCUGCUGAAGCAGGGAGCCGCCUGUAACGUCCUCUAUCUGAACUCUGUGGAAACAGAGUCCCUGACGGGCCCCCAGGCCAUUGCCAAGGCAACAGAUGCCACAUUGGGUCGUAGCCCGCGUCCUGCUGCCACAGUCGUCCAGUUCAAAGUGACAUCACAGGGUAUCACGCUGACCGACAACCAGCGCAGAGUUUUCUUCAGGAGACAUUACGCAGUGAACAGUGUGACCUUCAGCAGCAUCGAUCCAAAGGACAGGAGGUGGACUAACUCAGACAACACAACUGUUAAGGUGUUUGGUUUUGUCGCUAAGAAGCCCGGCAGCACGGCAGAGAACGUCUGCCACUUAUUUGCUGAGUUGGACCCCGACCAACCUGCUUCUGCCAUCGUCAACUUCAUCAACAAGGUCAUGCUGUCUCAGCGCCGAUAGAGGGAGACAAAGAGAGGAAAACACUCUGA